AGUAGUGAGCAAAACCAUCCCGGCUCACAUCUCAUGAUGUCUUUGUCAAGUUCGAAUCCCGUUUAUAAUCACUCUAACAAAAAGUGUCGCAGCAGCUUUUUUGGACACUCUAACAUAUAUUGAAAAUGCCAUGACAGGCUAAUAUGAAUAUAGUAAUAAUUAUACGACAGUUGUCAGUUGAUUACCACAGUGAGCUAUCAGAAGGACAGAUCUGCGGUCUCUCCAGAGAGAUGUUGAGCGCCGGAGAGCUGCGAGAGUCUUUAUUAAGGAAGCGGAGACUCUUCAUCACGUCAUUCGGUGUUCAGGCGUUCGGCAGGAAACGGUCUUUCCUCCCGGAUAGUUGCGCUCUUUUCCGCUUGCUCAAUGCGCCUCUCCGUCCAGAACCCGCGGAAGCCAGCCAGAAGGAAAAAUGCCUCCUUCUACAGCGGAAAGAUCCUCUCUCGGGCUCUUUGCGGUGGUUUUCGCCGUGUUUUUAGCGGCUCUCCAAACGCGCGCGCUCAAGAUUCAACAAGAGUUCGCGUCUCCCAACCGCACCAAUAACUUCGUGGUGGACGCGGUGUCCCGACGCGUUUACCUGGCCGCGGUCAACAGCCUGUACCAACUGAACGCGACGCUCGCGCGGGAGGUGGAGAUGCGCACGGGACCAGUGCGCGACAACCCGCUGUGCCACGCGCCGCAGCUGCCGCAGGCGACGUGCGAGCACAAGAAGACGCUCACCGACAACCACAACAAGCUCCUCGCGCUGGACCGCGAGCAGGGUGUGCUGCUGGCCUGCGGGUCCGUGUACCAGGGCUUCUGCGAGCUGCGCAGCAUGGACGACGUGUCCCGGGUGGCCGUCAAGUUCCCGCAGGACGGGGCCAUCGUGUUCCCGAGCAUGCUCAACAUCGUCGCCAACCACGAGAACGCGAGCACCGUGGGGCUGGUGUUCCGGAGUCACGGCGGCGCGCCGCGGCUGCUGGUAGGAGCGACGUACACGGGCAUGGGGACCGAGUUCUUCCCCAAGAACCACAGCAAAGAGGACCUGCGCUUCGAGAACACGCCCGAGAUCGCCAUCCGCUCGCUCAACACCAAAGACCUCGGCCGGCUCUUCACCUACGACAUCAACCCGUCCGAAGACAACGUGUUCAAAAUCAAGCAAGAAGUCAAGCAGAAGAACAAGCUCAACUUCGUGCACGCGUUCGUGCUCAAGAACUACUCGUACAUCGCCAUCAACAACGACGCCAACACGGGUCUGAAGGAGAGCCAGCCCAACAGCAUCCUUGCGCGCAUCUGCCUGGACGGUUCCCGCAAGUCCACGGAGAGCCGUAAACUCACCGAGUCCUACAUCCAGAUGGGAAUUCAGUGCGGAUCCAAUGGGAAUAUCUACAAUCGCCUGCUGUCCAUCUAUCCCGUGGAGGUCAGCGUGCAGAGCGCCGCGGCCCCGGAGCCCUAUUUGUUCGGGGUGUUCGGCAGGGCGGGCGGGCAGUCGGCCGUGUGCGCGUUCCGUGUGGCGGAUGUGGAGGAGAUGAUCCGCCAGGGCCGCCGCAACUGCUCGACCGGCCCCAACAGCGACGUGCAGGUGCUGGACAGCGUCAUCCAGGGCUCCGGGGCCGAGUGUGAGGCCAAGGGGAAUAUCAAGCUCCAGCAGGAGCAGCUGAAUUGUGGGGCGGCUCAUCUCCAGCACCCGCUGGCUCUGAGGAGGCCCCUGAGGGCCCGACCCAUCUAUGAGGCACAGGGGCUCAGAUCUAUUGCUGCCGACAACGUCCACAGCCGCACCGUGCUGUUCCUGGGGACGAGCAGGGGAUGGCUACGCAAGCUGUCUCUGCUGGCGAACCUGUCUGUGGCGAAACUGUGGUCACUGAAACUCCAUGCUAAUGAACCAGUUCACCACAUCAUGACCUUCGACCCCAGCGACAACAACUACCUGUAUCUCAUGACAGCACACCAUCUCCUGCGUGUUGGUGUGGCGGCGUGUGGUCAGUACAACUCCUGCAGGGAAUGUUUGAGCGCCAGUGAUGCCUACUGCGGCUGGUGUACACUAGAGAAAAGGUGUUCGAUUCAGAAGGACUGCUCCAGUGGGAAUCUGAGCCGCUCGUGGAUCAGCAGCACUGAUGGCGUCCAGCAGUGUCCGUCCAUGACCGUCACCCCCUCCGAGAUCAGCCGCUCCGCACACAUGAGGAAUGUGGGGAUCCUGAUCAACGGCAGUGUUCCGGAUCUGCAGGGUCUGCGGGUGGAGUGUGAUUUUGGGGUGGGAAUCGCCACAAACGCCACCGUGCAUCUGGACUACGGCACGACUCAGAUCCAGACGUGUCCUCUCCCUCCGCCUCACAUGUAUCCCACAAUCCCCUCCGGCAGAGAUCACAUCACUGUCCCCGUGGCGAUCAAGGUUAAUGGUGUUCCUGUGGUUUCUGGAGGUUUCAUCAUUUACGAGUGUGAACGAAUGGGAGCGAUCAACUUCACAAAUGCGUGCACGAGCUGUUUGAGUGCUGGGUGGCGCUGUUACUGGGACCCGCAGCUCAACUUGUGUGUUUCCAGCAAAAACAACACACAGCGUGUUCUUCUGGAGAAUUCCUCAUCCUGUCCCAGUAUGGAGGCCCAUGACGUUCCUCCGUUGCCCACUGGAAGCACUCAUGUUUUCACCCUGGACCUGAAGAACGUACAACAUGGCACCGCGCUGGACUGUGACUUUGGCGAUGGGCAGCUGUACAGUGCGCAGUGGCUGGACGGGUCGUCAGUGAACUGCAGUGGAGUGACCCUAAAAACUACAAUGUGGAGCAAGAUAUUCCAUCUGAACCUGUGGAGAAGAGAAACCAACACAUAUAUAGACAAUCCAAAGCCAAUAUCAGUUGAGGUGUACAGCUGUGGUGCGGGGGACAGUGACUGCUCUCAGUGUCGGGGCCGUGAGAUGCAGGGUCACAUGUGCGUCUGGUGCCAGAACGACUGUCGUCAGCAAGACCAGUGCCAGGACGUCACUGCACACUGCCCAAAUCCUCAGAUCCAGAAGAUUGAGCCGCUGACAGGGCCGCUGAUGGGCGGGACGCUGCUCACGGUGCAGGGCAGGAAUCUGGGACACAGUGCUGAUCUCGUCAACGUCUCCAUUGGGGAUGUGCCCUGUACCCUACUGCCACAGUACUACACUGUUUCAGUCAAGUUGGUUUGCGAGACUGGUGCAUCGCGGGAAAAGAAGAGUGAUCAUGUUACAGUGAGCGUGGCCGGUAACGCAGUGGGUGUUUCAAAGGACACGUUCUCCUUUGUGGAGCCCAAACUACUGGAGUUCAUGCCACGGCAGGGUCCUCUCGCCGGAGGAACCAGACUCACCAUCCAUGGACAGUUCCUGGAUGCUGGAUCCACUGUUAACGUCAAGAUCAACAGGACUCAAAACUGCAGCAUCUUCAUGCAGUCCAAUGAAGUCAUCCAGUGUGUGAUGCCUCCUGUUGCGCUCGCAGAGGACGUGUCCGUAUGUGUGGUGUAUGACGGCCGGCCGUGUCUCAGCACUUCACCCAACUUCACAUUCACCUAUGAGAAAAACCCCACUAUCAGUCAAAUCAAACCCAACAAAAGCUACCUCAGUGGUGGUCGCAAUAUCUCCAUCACUGGAUAUGGCUUCAAUCUGGUGCAGUCGGCUAUGAUGGAGGUGAAGGGAAUCGGACUGACGAACUGCUCGCGCGUGUCGUCCACUCUGAUGGUCUGUCAGUCUCCUGCGGCGAGUCAAUCCCAGCCUACCACGGCUCACUUCUACCUCAAUGAUGUGCUGUACAGAGGAGAGGACGCAUCUCCAUCAGACCAAGGGCUGGAUGAAGACGAGGAGCCUCACGCUGAUUCCUUUCACUUUGACUAUGUGGAGGAUCCACAGUUCUAUACGGCCAGCAAAGAGAAACUCAUCAAACAUCACCCUGGAGAGCCUCUCAUCCUCGUCAUCAAUAAAGGGCCGAGCGAGCUGGACCUGACACUGGACGAAUACUCAGUGACGAUUGGUUCAGACCUCUGUGACAUCACCUUCCAUAACGAGCAGCUGUUCCACUGCACCAUCAACAGAUCACUGAGCGCCAGCACUGGAGAUCUGCCCGUCACUGUGCGAGUGGGUCAUUUCCAUAAGGUCAUAGCGAUGGUGCAGAUGGGUGGAGGCAGUGAACUGGCCAUAGUGGUCUCAAUCGUGGUCUGCUGUGUGCUGCUGCUGCUGUGCACUGUGGCACUGGUGGUUUACUGCACUAAGAGCCGCAGGGCAGAGCGGUACUGGCAGAAGACUCUGUUACAGAUGGAGGAGAUGGAGUCACAGAUCCGUGAGGAGAUACGCAAAGGUUUUGCGGAGCUGCAGACUGAUAUGACGGAUCUGACUAAAGAGCUCAAUCGCUCACAGGGAAUCCCAUUCCUGGAGUACAAGGAGUUCGUCACGCGCACCUUCUUUCCCAAGAUGUGCUGUGAAUAUGAGCGGAGUCUGGUUCAGCCGGUGUAUGAGAACGAUCCGCUUGGCCCGCGAGCUCUGUCUGAAACUCAUCCUCUGCUGCAGGACUGGCAGCCAUGUAACACCACGCGGCCCAACCUGGAGGAGGGAAUCACUCUGUUUUCCACCCUUCUCAGCAACAAACACUUCCUGGUCACCUUCGUUCAUGCCCUUGAGCAGCAGAAAGACUUUGCCGUUAGAGACAGGUGCAAUCUUGCCUCUCUGCUCACUAUUGCCCUCCAUGGUAAACUAGAGUACUACACCAGCAUUAUGAAGGAGCUGCUAAUUGAUUUGAUUGACGCUUCAGCCUGCAAAAACCCUAAACUGAUGCUGCGGCGAACAGAGUCAGUAGUGGAGAAGAUGCUCACCAACUGGAUGUCCAUCUGCAUGUACAGCUACCUUAAGGAGACGGUCGGUGAGCCGUUCUUCCUGCUGCUGUGCGCCAUCAAACAGCAGAUCAACAAGGGCUCGAUUGACGCCAUCACGGGGAAGGCGCGUUACACGCUCAACGAGGAGUGGCUCCUCCGAGAAAACAUCGAAGCCAAACCACAGAACAUUAACGUAUCGUUCCAAGGUUUCGGGAUGGACUCGGUGAGCGUGCGUGUGAUGAACACCGACACUAUCUGUCAAGUGAAGGAGAAAAUACUGGAGGCCUUUUACAAGAACCUGCCGUUUUCCCAGUGGCCCCGAGAAGAGGAUGUUGAGCUGGAGUGGUUUCCAGAGGGACGCAGCAGCAGAAUCCUGCAGGAUCUGGAUGACACGUCUGUCAUGGAGGAUGGCAGAAAAAAACUCAAUACCGUUUUCCACUAUCAGAUCCCAGAUGGGGCGUCACUGGCCAUGAGCUUGAAAGACACAAGAGAGAACACACUGGGCAGAGUUAAAGAUCUGGACACAGAGAAGUACGUUCAUCUGGUGCUGCCGCAUGAUGAGCUGUCCGAGAACAGGAAGUCCCACAGACACAGUCACAGGAAGAAGGUGUUGCCUGAGAUCUACCUGACACGCCUGCUCUCCACUAAGGGAACGCUGCAGAAGUUCCUGGAUGAUCUUUUUCAAGCCAUCCUCAGCAUUCCUCUGGAGAAACCACCGCUUGCCAUCAAAUACUUCUUUGACUUUCUGGAAGAACAGGCAGACAAGCGCGGCAUAACCGACCCGGACACAUUACACAUCUGGAAGACGAACAGUUUGCCUCUGCGCUUCUGGGUGAAUAUCCUGAAGAACCCUCAGUUUGUGUUCGACAUUGAUAAGACGGAUCACAUGGACGCAUGUCUGUCUGUCAUCGCUCAGGCUUUCAUUGAUGCCUGCUCACUGUCUGACCUGCAGCUGGGCAAAGAUUCUCCCACCAAUAAGCUGCUGUAUGCCAAAGAGAUCCCGGAGUAUAAGAAGAGAGUGCAGUGCUACUACAGACAGAUUCAGGAGAUGGCGCCGCUCAGCGAACAGGAGAUGAACGCUCACCUGGCCGAGGAGUCGCGGAAAUACAGGAAUGAGUUCAACACCAACCUGGCCUUAACGGAAGUCUACAAGUAUGCCAAGAAAUAUCGCAGUCAGGUGGUGAGCGCGCUGGACUCGAACCCGACCGCUCGACGCACUCAGCUGCAGCACAAGUUCGAGCAGGUCGUCGCUCUGAUGGAAGACAACAUCUACGAGUGCACCAGUGAGGCCUGAGACGCACACCCUCGUCCCUCCAUCUGAUCAAAACUCUGGCUCGUUUAAUGAGGAUGUUCAAGUGAAGAGAAACACUCUGAUGAGUUUGUUCAUUUUCUAUUGUAUAGUAUUCAAGUAUUGACUUCAAAUGAGGAGUUUAAUUGUGACGCACUGACCCCACGCUCGGGGAGAGCCAAUUAUGCACUGGAUUAUACAAGACCUUCUCCAUAGCAAUAUUUAUAGCUGUAUGAUGAGUUUAUAGUGUGAUUCAAUCAAUGUGAAUAUGUUUCUGAUGGGAUGUUUGUACUGCACUGUUCAAUGGCGUUUCAUUUUAAUUCCACGAUGCCUUGGACGACAAGUAAUGAUAUGAUUAACAUAUAACAGGCUUGAAUGAGACUGUUGCAUUUGUAUUAAUUAUUAUUUUUUUUGAAGGAUUUGGAUCAUUCUUGGAUGGGUCCAAACCAAAAUGUGUGCAUUCUUCUGUAGAUAUUCUGCUGGAAAUGUUUAAUUUUUUUUUUUUUUUUUUUUGGAGAAAGAGGGAAAUUUUAUCAGUAAAGAUGAACUUUACUAAAA